AUGUCGGGUGCGGACCCACAAUACGCGAUGAGCGGGAUGCUUCCCGUCCUCAAUAGGCCGCAAUUAGUGAGUUUCCGAUCAAUGUCUCCCGUGACGACAAUUGAUUUCUUUUCCAGCUAAUCGUAGACCUUGAUAUGGAUCCGGCGGUGCGGAAGGUGCACCCGUUGUGGACAGUAACCGAUGGAAUGUUGCUCAUCUCCGGCCUCGACGAUUCCAUCAACGACGUGCGGCUCUGGCAAAUGCUCUGUCCGCUCGGCGAGCUCAUCUUUUCCCGCGUUCUCGGAUCCGGUCCUGGAGAGCCUCAAGGAUUCGCCUACGCAAAGUACACCACACUAGAAGAAGGUUAGUAUUCACCGCUUUUCACAGUGAUUCGACUUUUUUGCAGCCGAAAAAGCCAUGGAACAAUUCCCGACAUUAACGGAACAGAACAACGGAAAACCGCUUUUCUGUAUAGUCUCCGAACUCGGCGCCUCCACUCGAUUUUGUGACGCGGGAAAGUUGAACGUAUCGGGAUUGUGCCCCACAAUUACAAAUCAAGAAGUUUUGAAGAUAUUCUCAGCUUGUGGCGAGGUCUCUUCUGUACAAGUAAGAAGCAGCUUUUCUAAAAAACUGAACUUGAAAAUAAAACGUAUUUUAGAUGUACGUCGAUCUGAGGAACGGAGGCACUAAGGAUGCGAUCGUGCACUUUACAAACGAGAUAAGCUCGCAGAGAGCAAUUAAGAACUUGAAUGGAACUUUGAUCAACGAUCGGGAGAUUACUAUCCAGCACUACGAUCGUCUGAAACCACGGAGUGCGGCGCCCGCUCAAUGUGUCAUCAUGCGGCCGUUCAAUGUCGAUCCGACCUGGGACACCAAGAAAAUUGAGGAGAGCCUUUCGUUUCUCGGCCGCGUCGUGGUUCGAAUCGAGCGAUACGCCGACGGAACGUCGAAAGGAACGGCCGUUGCCAACUUCGAGAAGCCCGGUCUCGACACGCCCAUCUUCUCAGUCUUCUCGCCGUACUCUAUGAGCCAGACCGUCUUCCUUUCCCUUUCGCCAACUCAUCCUCUGAAAGAUAAUAUCGGUGCAAAAACACUUAGGGAGGCCAGAUAUAUGGUAAGUCCGCUUGUUCACUGCAAAUAUUCAACGUUGAGCCUCUUCAGAAAUACCCGUCCACCGCGGAACCGCUCUACGAUUCGUAUCUCUAUCCGGCGAUCACCGAAGAGUACGAUCUCGAAUGGGGAACUGACCAGUACUGUCCGGGCCCAGGCGCUAAGCCCGAGGACUACUUCAUCGGCGCCUAUCACGUCCACGUGACCGGAAUCCCCGACAGUUACUCGUCGGCCAACCUCUGCAGUAAAUUCCAGCAAUAUGGAGCUGUGUUUUUUUGUAGGAUUUUUGCGGCGACGGACGACGAUAACAAGUUCGGAUUGGUGUCCUACUCUGUCUGGACGGACGCUCUGAAAGCCGUCGAAGAGACACGGAAAGCCAAGCGGAAGGGGUACACGAUGGUCGCCGAAAUAAUCGAUUCCUAUCAAAUGUACCACUUUGCUCAAAUGAACGAUUCGAUCAGGAACGGAUUGAGCAUUACGAACAGUGGAAUGCCGUUGAUCCACAGUAAUAUGAUGUUGGUGAAUGAUAAAACGGGCACUACGAAACGGAUACCCAGCCGGGAAGUGGCUAGCAUAGUACAAAACCGACUUUACUUGCAAUAUCACGAGAAUCUGGACGAGUUCAACACCGAAGUAAUCACCGACCUCGUGCCCAACUACUUUGCGCUCGACGCGUACGCUCAGAUUGCGGUCACACUGCAGAAGACCAACGAUGUUGCGAAGAUAUUGGGAGUGCAGCAGGGCACCCUGCAGAGACAGAUGCAGAUGAACUACACGACUACUCCGCCGUUCUAUAUUCCGUCCCUGGUGUAUCAGCAGAUGCACGCGCUCUUCAGUCAGUACGCGUACCUGCGAUCCCAGUUUUACGCGCACACGUAUGCUCCGCAAGUGGCCGCAGCCCUUCUUCCUGGAUUUGCUGCACAGGCAGCAGUUUUAGCUCCAUCGGCAACAGCAGCGGCUGUGGCGGCAGCCACAUCUCAAGCGAUGAGUGCAAAAGUCGAUCAAGGGGUGAGUGAGAGUGAAUAGCUUUUCUUGACAAACGAAACGUUUUCAGCAAGAACAGCACCGUCCUCAAAUCAUGGAAAAGAUCGCCGAAUUGUUCCCGAAGUCUAAGCCCGGAGAGCGGGAAGACAUGCUGAAGACGGCUCUGCAAAUGCCGCUCGACGAUCUGCUCAAAAUUCUGUCCAACGAUCACGCGUUCCGCGUUUUUUUCAUCAAGAAGGCAGUUGCGGCGGCUCGGCAGAGGAAGGCGGUUCAGGAGGCCGCAGAGGCUGCUGCUCAGGCCUAA